GAACCUAAGCAUCCAUCACAACUCAUUUCUCUCUUUAACUAAUCAUCUCAAAAAUUACUUCAUUCCAUUUUAGUUCUUAUUUUUCUCCAAUGGCAGAUACUAGUGGUUCAGCCACUACUAAGAGAAUAAUGGGUUUUGCUAUGCCUGAAAAAAUGCAACUUCACUUAGCCAUGUUGGCUUUGCAAUUUGGUUAUGCUGGUUUUCAUGUUGUCUCUAGAGCUGCACUUAAUAUGGGCAUUAGCAAGAUUGUUUUCCCAGUUUAUAGAAACAUUCUUGCUUUGCUUCUACUUCUUCCAUUUGCCUACUUUCUUGAAAAGAAAGACAGGCCACAACUUAAUUGGAAUUUUACCAUUCAAUUCUUCCUCCUAGCAGUUAUUGGAAUUACUGCUAACCAAGGAUUCUACUUGUUGGGGUUGGACAAUACUUCCCCUACUUUUGCUUCUGCCAUACAAAAUUCUGUACCUGCCAUAACAUUUCUCAUGGCAGUACUACUCAGGAUUGAAACAGUGAGACUAAACAGAAAAGAUGGUAUAUCAAAAGUGUGUGGAACAUUAUUGUGUGUAGCUGGAGCAUCAGUAAUUACAUUAUACAAAGGCCCAACAAUUUACAGCCCAAAUCCACCACUACAAAGGACUUCACCUAUGUUACUUGGUUUAGGAGAUGCUAAUGGUAAAAACUGGACUUUAGGAUGCAUUUAUUUGAUCGGACAUUGUUUAUCAUGGGCCGGGUGGCUCGUGUUGCAAGCCCCCGUACUCAAGAAGUACCCGGCUAGGCUCUCAGUCACGUCGUGGCAGUGUUUCUUUGGAGUCAUACAGUUCUUGAUCAUCGCGGCUUUCUGUGAAAGGGACCCUCAGGCUUGGCUAGUUCACUCUGGUGCUGAACUAUUCAGUGUCUUCUAUGCUGGAGUGGUGGCAUCUGGUAUAGCAUUUGCAGUACAGAUAUGGUGCAUUGACAGAGGGGGUCCAGUUUUUGUUGCUGUUUAUCAACCUGUUCAGACUCUUGUUGUUGCUCUGAUGGCUUCCUUCGCAUUAGGCGAAGAGUUCUACUUGGGCGGGAUUAUCGGAGCGGUAUUGAUCAUAUCAGGAUUGUACUUUGUUCUAUGGGGCAAAAAUGAAGAAUCCAAAUUUGCAAAGGCAGCAGCAGCUGCAAUUCAAUCACCAGUGGAUAAUUGUAACAACAGGCCAACAAGUCACAUUAAGUCCUCUUUGGCACAGCCACUUCUUGCUUCUUCAACUGAAAAUGCUUAAGGAAAAAAAAAUGUUUGCUAUCCUUCAUAUUAUUAAGAAGAAGAAAAAAAAAAAAGAUUGGUGUGUACAAUUUUUAUUAUUAUUUUGUUUUUGGUCUAGUAUAGGUUUUGUUCCCCUUUUAAUUUUAUUUUUAGUAGCAAUCAAAAGGGAUGUGAUGAAGUACUAUUUUUGGAGUUGGGUCUAAGCAUACAAAUCCCAAGUUGGUUUUUUGUAUGUUUAAUUAAUUUUUAUGAACUAAUCUAUGAAUGAAAAAAGAAAAAUUUGCUUUUUAUCA